UCCUUACUUCAGCGUGAGUUUUUUAUUUUUUAUUGAUUCGGAAUAUUCUUCAAGCUCACAUAUUAAUGUGAUUUUCUUUUUAUUAGCAGAGAAUUUUGCCAAAAAUUAGUACAGAAAAUAUAUUCAAAGAAACGUGAAAUAAAAUUAAAAAAAAAAAAAAUAAAGAUUAGUAAACAUAAAGAAAAUAUUAUUAAAUCCGCGCGUCAGCAUGUUUGGCCAGUCAAGCUUGGGAAGCACGAGCACGAAUCGAAUGAAUGACUUCGAAGUUGUGGCUCCGCCCGAAGACUCCGUGUCUGCUUUGGAAUUUAGUCCAGCUACAGUGCAGCAAAAUUUUCUAAUUGCCGGUAGCUGGGACAGUAGUGUACGUUGCUGGGAGGUAGAACAAACUGGAAAAACUGUGCCAAAAUCCAUGAAAACUAUGGGUGGACCCGUUUUAGAUGUGUGCUGGUCUGAUGAUGGUACAAAAGUAUUCAUAGCCAGUGAAAAGCAAGUGAAAAUAUGGGAUUUGGCUUCAGACCAGCAAAUGCAAGUAGCCGCACACGAAGCACCCGUUAAAACAUGUCACUGGAUUAAAAGUAGUAAUUACACAUGUUUAAUGACCGGUUCAUGGGAUAAGACUUUAAAAUUUUGGGAUACUCGUUCGCCUAAUCCGAUGUUAGCUAUUAAUCUACCUGAACGGUGUUAUUGCGCGGAUGUCGAUUACCCAAUGGCGGUAGUGGGCACAGCAGGAAGGGGUUUAAUUAUUUAUUCCUUAGAGAAUAGUCCAACAGAAUUUAAAAGACAAGAAAGUCCCUUAAAAUAUCAGCAUCGCACUAUUUCAAUAUUUAGGGACAAAAAGAAAGCUCCAACUGGAUAUGCCUUAGGCAGCAUUGAAGGACGUGUGGGUAUACAGUAUGUGAAUCCAAUUAACCCUAAAGACAACUUUACCUUCAAGUGCCAUCGUUCAUCGGGUUCUACGGGAUUUCAGGAUAUUUACGCAGUCAAUGAUAUAGCUUUCCAUCCGAUUCACGGCACUUUGGUAACCGUAGGCUCAGACGGCACUUUCAGUUUUUGGGACAAAGAUGCUCGCACAAAACUCAAAUCUUCGGAGACAAUGGAUCAAUCAAUCACAAAAUGCAGUUUCAAUGCUAAUGGUCAAAUCUUUGCAUAUGCUGUAGGCUACGAUUGGUCUAAAGGUCAUGAAUAUUUCAAUCCUACCAAGAAGCCACAAAUCUUUCUCAGAUCUUGUUACGAAGACUUAAAACCACGUACCACUUAAAUAUUUUUGUUGUUUUUGAAACUCGAUUUUCAAAAACUUAAAUUUAUUGCAGAGAAGUUAAAUAAAGAUCCGAUCAAUAUCACGAUAUAUGUAUGAAA